CGCAAAACCGGUUACGGCCUUUAUCCCUCACCAAGACUCACGCCCUACGUCACGCUCUGAAUAUGCGCAGAUCCCACUUCGCCACUACUUAAGCAGUGAAGCGCAUGCGCCUUAGUCCGUUAGCGUUUCCGCGCUGGCGUCAUAACCGCGCUCAAAUCCAGCGCAUAGUGUGCGACGCCCGCGCGACGAUUGGCUCCGGCGCAGGCGCAGGCGCAGGCGCAGCGUCCGGCGCCCCUUCCUGGCGCGGGCGUCCUUGUCUAGCUCAAGCCCCCAGCUCCCUCAACCUCCGGGUUACUAGGAGUUCGGGUGGGGCCAGACAGCGGUCAGUGACAACGACUGCGGAGGUCGGCACUGCUAGGGUGAUGGCCAUGUCGGACAGUGGGGCGAGCCGCCUGCGGCGACAGCUGGAAUCGGGGGGCUUCGAGGCGCGUCUGUACGUGAAGCAGCUAUCGCAGCAGUCGGACGGGGACCGCGACCUGCAAGAACACCGGCAGCGCGUGCAGGCGCUGGCGGAGGAGACGGCGCAGAACCUAAAGCGCAACGUCUACCAGAACUACCGGCAGUUCAUCGAGACGGCGCGGGAGAUCUCCUACCUGGAGAGCGAAAUGUACCAGCUUAGCCACCUGCUGACUGAGCAGAAGAGUAGCCUAGAGAGCAUCCCACUGGGCGCGGGUACCCGGGACCGCCGACGUGGUCAGGCCGGCUUCCUUCCCGGACCAGUGGGAACCCCGCGCGACAGCCCCAGUGCUGGCGAGGAGGGCAAGCAGCGUACGCUGACCACGCUCCUAGAAAAGGUGGAGGGCUGCAGGCAUCUGCUGGAGACGCCCGGGCAGUACCUGGUGUACAACGGGGACCUGGUGGAGUACGAGGCAGACCACAUGGCGCAGCUGCAGCGUGUGCACGGCUUCCUCAUGAAUGACUGUCUGCUGGUGGCUACCUGGCUGCCCCAGCGACGGGGCAUGUACCGCUACAACGCGCUGUACCAACUGGAUGGCUUGGCUGUGGUCAAUGUCAAGGACAACCCGCCCAUGAAGGACAUGUUCAAGUUACUCAUGUUCCCUGAAAGCCGAAUUUUUCAGGCAGAAAAUGCCAAGAUCAAACGGGAGUGGCUGGAAGUGCUGGAGGAAACCAAGAGGGCCCUUAGCGAGAAGAAGAGGAGGGAGCAGGAGGAGGCAGCGGCCCCGCGAGGGCCCCCACAAGUAACUGCCAAGGCCAGCAACCCAUUUGAGGAUGACGACGACGAAGAGCCAGCUACUCCUGAGGUAGAGGAAGAGAAGGUGGACCUCUCAGUGGAGUGGAUCCAGGAGCUGCCGGAAGACCUGGAUGUCUGUAUUGCACAGAGGGACUUUGAGGGAGCUGUUGAUCUUCUGGACAAACUGAACCACUACUUAGAAGGCAAGACCGGCUCACCUCCUGUGAAGGAACUCAGGGCCAAAGUGGAUGAGCGUGUAAGGCAGCUUACUGAAGUUCUUGUGUUUGAACUCUCCCCAGAUCGUUCUCUGAGAGGUGGCCCCAAGGCCACUCGCAGGGCAGUUUCUCAGCUAAUCCGGCUAGGCCAGUGCACAAAAGCCUGCGAACUGUUUUUGAGAAACCGGGCAGCAGCUGUGCACACUGCAAUACGGCAGCUCCGCAUUGAAGGAGCCACUCUUCUCUACAUUCACAAGCUCUGCCAUGUCUUCUUCACCAGCUUGCUGGAGACUGCAAGGGAAUUCGAGACAGAUUUUGCAGGCACAGAUAGUGGCUGCUACUCUGCUUUUGUGGUCUGGGCAAGGUCAGCCAUGGGCAUGUUUGUGGAUGCUUUCAGCAAGCAAGUGUUUGACAGCAAGGAGAGCCUCUCUACAGCAGCAGAGUGUGUGAAGGUGGCCAAGGAGCACUGCCAGCAGCUGGGGGAAAUUGGGCUGGACCUCACCUUCAUCAUCCAUGCUCUGCUGGUGAAAGAUAUCCAGGGGGCCUUGCACAGCUACAAGGAGAUCAUCAUUGAAGCCACCAAACACCGCAACUCGGAAGAGAUGUGGAGGCGGAUGAACCUGAUGACUCCUGAGGCCCUGAGCAAGCUCAAGGAAGAAAUGAGGAGUUGCAGGGUCAGUAACUUUGAGCAGUACACAGGCGAUGACUGCUGGGUGAACUUGAGCUACACAGUGGUUGCCUUCACCAAGCAGACUAUGGGCUUUCUAGAAGAGGCACUGAAGCUGUAUUUCCCUGAGCUGCACAUGGUGCUCCUAGAGAGCCUGGUGGAAAUCAUCCUGGUUGCUGUUCAGCAUGUGGAUUACAGUCUGCGGUGUGAGCAGGAUCCAGAGAAGAAAGCUUUUAUCAGGCAGAAUGCAUCCUUUCUGUAUGAAACAGUCCUCCCUGUGGUGGAGAAGAGGUUUGAGGAAGGUGUGGGGAAACCUGCCAAGCAGCUCCAGGACCUGAGGAACACGUCCAGACUCAUGCGUGUGAACCCCGAGAGUACAACUUCAGUGGUCUGAUGUUUGGGUUCACUUGUGCAUGCAUACAUAUUGCUUAUGUGUUAUUUGUAUUUAUGUUAUAUUAGCAUAUCCAUGAUAGUUUUGCAUGUCCAUGAUAGUUCAAACAGCUCAAAGAUUUAAAAAUGCCUUAUAAGAAAUGUAAAAUCAAAAGAAAAAAGACAUUAAGUCAAAUAAUGAAAAUACUAGAUUAUUAAAACAUACUAUCUAUGCUUUCCUUUUAAAUUAUGCUAAUUUUUAAUGAACAUGUUGUUACACUGUAGUAUUGAGGUUUAUCUCUGAGUCAAAACAUAUUUUCUCAUGCAGCACCAAGAAAAUUCUAAUAGAUGGGCCGGGAUUUAGCUCAGUGGUUCUGCUGCCUGCCUUGCAAGACCAAGAACCCAAGUUUGAACCCCGGUACCAAAAAAAAAAAAAAUUCUAAUAGUUUAUGUUGUGAAGUUCCCCAGUACGAAAAGUUUAGUUUUCUUAAAAGGUACACUGCCAUCUCAGACCUUAAACUGUAAUUGAACAAUUUGGGAAAAAGGAGUUGGGGAAAUUUGUUUUAGGACAAAUUUUACUAAAUUAUUUCUUGAAACUAGCUGUGUGUGGAUGUCGUAUACUCCCAUCCCUUUUUUUUUUUUUUUUUUUGGGUACCGGGGAUUGAAC